ACCCCGCGCGGACUGAGCGCGGUGGUGCCGCUCGUCACUCGCUUCGGCGCCGUGGUGCCGACGCUGGCGGCCGACUGGCGCGCGCUCGCCCUCUCGUGGGGCAUCCACGCCAUCGACCCGGACGUGUCGCUCACGUCGCUGCGCACGUUCGAGCUGCUCAACACGCAGGUCGAGCCGGCGCUGCUGCGGUGUGAAUGAACUCGCUCAUUCACUGCUGGAUGAUUGAGUAUGAGGUCGAGCCCGCGCUGCUGCGCGCGCUCGCCCUCGCGCUGUGGGGCGCGCUGCGCGACGGCGGCACCGCAAAGGCGCAGUUGCUGCUCCGGCUAAUGCGGCAGCUUCCGCGGCUUGCGCCCGAGCGCGUGGACGCGUCGACGUGGCUGCUGCUCGCCCAGACGGCGGCGGCGCUGCUGCGCGCCGCGCCGGCCCACCUCUUCGAGGCGUCGGCGCGUCUGCUCCUCUCGACCCUCGCCGCGCAGGGGCCGGACGGUCCGCCGGAGGAGAUGCUGAGCAGCCUGGCGCUUCUGUGGCGGGAGACGGCGCAGAUCCACCACGCGUGCGGAAGCAGGGCCGCAGGGCCGGGCGCGGGCUGGGGAGGCGGCGGCGGGAGGGCGGGGGGCGGCGCCGGGGCGGUGCCGCUCGAGGAGACUCUGUCGUGCGUGCUGCUCAAGGGGCUGGCCGGGGACUGCGCCUCAGAGCGCUGCCGCGAGUCCGCGCUCUCUGCACUCGAGACGCUCGCCGAGGCGUACGCGGACCAGCUCCCGCCCAACAACCGACUCGCCCUCGCGGUCCUCUUCCACCACACCCUCGCCUUCAUGCUCGGCGACACGAGCGCGGCGCCACGCGCCGCCGCCUUCCUCGAGCGGUGCGGCUCUGCCCUCGCCGAGCGACUCCUCGACCUCUUCGCGCGUACCACGCCGCCGCGCGCGGGCGCGCGCGAGCUGAGGCAGGCGAUGGGGCCCGCCGCCCCGCCCGCGGCGGCGGUGCCGUCGCCGGCCGCAGCUGCCGCGCCCGCCGCGUCCUGCACCCUCUCUCCCUCGGCGGCAGCCGCCUCGAGCGGCGGCGGCGACGGCGGCGGCGGCGGAGCCGGCGGCGGCGGCGGAGCCGGCGCGGAGGGCGACGCCGACGAGGCGGGGGCCUUUGCGCGCACGUUUGCGGAGCGCUUCUUCGGCGCAUUUGCGCUCGCCUUCUCCUCGGAUGACAACUGUCACUUUGGGCUGCUGCUGCUCUCUUCAUGGCUCGCUGCCGAGGAGCCGUGGGACGAUCACCGGCCGCGAGGGGCUGCGAGCGCGCCGGCUGGCCCCGCGGGGGGGCGCAGCAGCCGCGGGGCCACCGUUGGCGAGCGGCGGGCGGCGGGCGGCGCCACGCGCGAGGCUGCGCUGCUUUGGAUGCUGCAGGCGUUGCUGCGGCAGUUUGCACCGCACGACGUCUCGCCCGCGCAGUUCGAGGAGCUCGCGCCCCUCGUGAUCGCCGCGUUCCACUCUCGCCGCGCGGCCGUCUCGGCCGCGGCGGAGGCGCUGCUCGGCGAGAUGGUGGGGCGCGCGCCGCGAGGCACGCCGCCCGCCAUCUUCUGCCUCACCGCCGCCAGGCCCUCGCCGGCACCGCCUCCGUGGGACGGUCCGCUUGUCGCGCCCGCCGCCACCGACGGCCGCGCCUCUCUGCUCGCCGCGGCGGCGCUGCUGCAGGAGCACGCCCUCGGCGUCUCGCUCGCCGACGGCCCGCCGCCGCCGCCCGAGGCGGCGAGGCCAGCCGCCGCCGCGCUGGCGCAGCUGCCCGCUGCGCCUCUGCCCGAGGUGCCCCUCGCGCCGGAGACGGAGUCGGAGGCAGAGUCGUCCGAGCCGCCCGGUACCCCCUCCGAGACGCUGCCUUCCACCCCCGCCUCCAUCCCCGCCCCCAACCCCUCGUUUCUCGGGGCGAUGGCGCGCGCCGCCUCACCGCAGCUCGGCUCGCAGCCGCCGCUGCCGCCGCCGCCGCGCCUCCGGACGCGCUCGUCCGACGGGGUGGCGGUGAGCCCGGUCGGCGAGGCGAGCACCGCGUUUAGCUCCGAGCCGUCGAGCGAGCUCCGAGCUCAGGCAGAGGAGUCGGAUUCGGAUCUGGACAUCGACGCUUUCUCGUCGGACGACGACUACGGCGACCUCGACUCCAACAGCGGGCGGUGAGGGCCGGCGGAGAGUCCGCGGGCCGCCCGCGAGCUGGAGCUCGAGUAGAGUCGCUUGGUCGAAGGCCCUUCCGGGUCGAGAGGACGGGGGGCCGAUGCGGCGUAUAAAUAAAUACGCUCUUCUUCUCGCAGCUGCGAGACAUAUGCUUU